AAGGGGGAAGAGAAAGAGCAAAGAGGCUAUUCAUAUUCAUAUCAGUUUCCACUCUGCAUCAAGCAGCUGCUUGCUCUAUUGCUUACUUAGAGUGAGAUCACUAUUCCGUUUCUGAAGUUACAGCCGCUUUCCCUCUAAAGUACGGAAGAUAUUGUUCAUGGGUGAGCCUUCAUAUUACUCCUUUUUACCCUUAACAACUAAUUUCAGGUAAUGAUUAACUGAAGAUGACGGGUCCUUGGACAACAUGUUGCAAUAAAAAACAUAAACCCAAGAAUGAAUUACAGGAGUUGGACUCAGUGGCAGAGAACAAGAAGGAAAAAAUGCAAAUGAAACAAGAAAUCAGCUUGCUUAAUGGCAUUUCUUUAAUUGUAGGGAACAUGAUUGGAUCCGGAAUAUUUGUAUCACCCAAGGGUGUGUUGAUGUAUAGCGGCUCGUAUGGACUUGCACUUUUCCUUUGGGCCAUUGGUGGGAUCUUCUCUUUGUUUGGAGCAUUGUGUUAUGCUGAACUGGGGACAUCCAUCCUUAAAUCAGGAGCAAGCUAUGCCUAUAUCCUUGAAGCUUUUGGAGGAUUUAUAGCAUUUAUCAGACUGUGGUCUUCCUUGUUAAUCAUUGAACCUACCACUCAGGCAGUCAUAGCAAUUACUUUUGCUAAUUAUAUUGUUCAGCCAAUAUUUCCAUUUUGUGAGCCACCCUAUGGAGCAGUUAGGUUGAUUGCAGCAGCCUGCAUCUGCUCCCUGACUUUUAUUAAUUGUGUCAAUGUGAAGUGGGGAACCCGAGUACAGGAUCUUUUCACGUAUGCAAAAGUGAUGGCUCUUAUCAUGGUCAUAGCUGUGGGCCUUUAUAAAGUUAGUCAAGGAAAAACUGACAAUCUCAAGGAACCAUUUGAAGGUUCCACAACAAAUGCAGGAUUUGUUGCACUUGCUCUUUAUUCUGCUCUCUUUUCUUACUCUGGAUGGGAUACAUUGAAUUUUGUUACUGAAGAAAUGAAAAACCCAGAAAGAAACCUUCCACUUUCCAUUGCAAUAUCAAUGCCUAUAGUGACUAUUAUUUACUUGCUGACCAAUGUGGCCUACUAUGUCGUGUUGGACAUGUCUGCUCUCUUAGCAAGUGAUGCCGUGGCUGUGACAUUUGGUAAUGAAGCUCUUAGCCACGCUAAAUGGAUCAUCCCUAUUGCAGUGGCAAUGUCUUGUUAUGGAGGCUUAAACUCAUCAAUUAUUGCAGCUUCAAGACUUUUUUAUGUUGGAGCUAGAGAAGGACAUCUCCCUGAUAGCCUGAGCUUAAUUCAUAUAAAAUGUUUCACCCCUGUUCCUGCUCUUGUUUUUAAUGGGUUAAUGACUUUGGUUUAUCUCCUUGUGGAAGAUGUCUUUCUCCUGAUAAAUUACUACUGUUUCAGCUAUUGGUUCUUUGUCGGACUAUCCAUUGCAGGAUUAAUAUAUUUAAGGCAUAUCCAGCCAGAUAGACCAAGGCCCAUUAAACUCAGUCUCUUCUUUCCCAUUGUAUAUUGCAUAUGCACAGUUUUCCUUGUUAUAGUACCUCUGUAUAGUGAUACAAUCAAUUCUAUUAUUGGAAUUGGCAUUGCACUCUCUGGAAUUCCUGCUUACUUUUUGGGAGUUUAUUUACCAGUAGAAAAGAGACCUCGGUAUCUUCAUUGGCUUUCUGCUACCACUACACAGUAUGUUCAGAAGUUGUUCUGUUGCUGUCUGACAGACAUGGACACUGAAACAGAGACACUGGAAAGCAAAGCAAAGUAGACUAGUUUGGACAAUCACUAGACUUUACACAUCCAGACAGCUGGAAAUACUCCUUUGUGCUGUAGAACAAACCAAGAAAUGUAUGGCUGUACUGUGCAACAUUUUGCUGGAUUUUUUCCCCCAGACUAUUUUACUUUAUCCACCUUUUCUAUGUUGUUAUCAAUUUAAGAGAUUUUUGUUUAUAUCCCCCAUGGAUUGUUUUUAAAAUAAGCAGUCCAUUGUAUCAAAGCAAAUGCUAGGGAUUUAGAGUUUCCCAGAAAUAUGACAUAGAUAGCAACCAAAUAGAAAGGAAAAGUUAAAAUAAUGGCAGGAAGUCAAACUUAAAGACAUCAAAUUUCAGGUUCAUCCUUGGAAAUUCUAAGGCAUUCUCUUUUACAGAUGGAAGGUGUCCAAUUUAUUUGGUGGAUGAAUAUAAUUAGUCUGCAUCAGUGGAGUUCAUCUUGUGCCACUGAGUCAAAUCCAUGAAGGGUACCAGUGGAGACACUGUAUGUCUUUGUACUGGUGCCUAAUGUUUAGACACAAUAUUGAAACAUCAAAUGUUACUGUCACUGUUAUACCACAGUGUGCCUUUUCCCUUGCAAGAUUAAUAUAUUAUGAAAAAAUAUAAUUAGUAAAGAACCUUGCUGUUAGCAGCAUCUUCAGAAGAGGAAUGAGAGCUGUUGACAUAUCAGGAGUUCUAGUCGUGAUUCUGUAAAUAACAGUUAUGACACCAGUACCAGGCUAUCAGUGAGAACUAUGUAUGCCACACUAUCAUAUUUUCUUCUAAAUCUUCAAUUUUCUGCAAUAUUGUAAAAUACUGUAUCUGCAUGCAUCAAUCAACAUUUUUAUUUUCAUUCAGUCCAAAUGUUUUAUAUAUUUUUAAAAAAUGCAUGCUCUAUUGAUAGAUGACUGUCAAACUUACUUCAGUUUUGAAUAAACCUGAGUU